AUGUAUAACACCCCGAGGGGGCUGCGGGGGUUGCAAAACUUGGGGAACACGUGCUUCCUGAACUCGUGCGUGCAGUGCCUCGCGCACGCGCCGCCGUUUUCGGAUUACUUUCUGUCCGAGCCCGCGUACCCGCGGCGAAGGAAGAAGACGAUCCUCGCGCCCGCGAUGGAGGCGGUCGUGAAGGCGAUACACGACGCGAACCCGAGCGUCGCGAGCGCGCGUAGAGUCGCCGCGCACAACCCGAGGGGUUUACUGCGCGCGAUGGACGACGUCCCGCCGUUGGAUCUGUUCACGGACCGCGACCAACACGACUCGCAGGAGUUUCUUCGCAUGCUCCUCGAAAACUUAAACGACGAGCUCAACGUCGUGGAGAAGCCCCCGCCGUACCGGGAAGAGAAGGACGACUUCACGGAGCCGGAGAACGUCAAGGCGGAUCGUCUCUGGGCGCAAUACGUCGCGCGGUGCGACUCUGUGAUGACGCGAACGUUCGCCGGGCAGCUGCGCUCGUCCGUGGAGUGCCACAAGUGCGGGACGUGCAGCACGUCCUACGACCCGUUCUGGGACUUGUCCCUGCCGCUGCGCGCGAGCAAGAAGGGAAGCGUCGGCGGCGGCGGCGGCGGCGCGGGGCCGAUCGGCGUGAUCGACUGCUUGCGCGCGUUCACCGAGGACGAGACCCUGGAAGGGUCGGACACGCGGACGUGUCCGAAGUGUAAGGUGAAAGGGAGCGCGACGAAACGUCUGCGAGUGAAGCGUUGGCCCAGGGUGCUCGUCAUACACCUGAAGCGGUUCACGUGGGGGAAGAGCGGGCGGCCGGGGAAAAAAAUGGACGCCGCCGUGGACGUGCCGUACGACCUCUCCCUCGGCGAUUUCCUCGCGGACGACGCGUUAGAGGGCGGUCGCGGACUUCACCCGCCGAAGUAUAAACUGUUCGCGGUGACGAACCACAUGGGAUCGCUGGGCGGCGGGCACUACACCGCGUCGUGCGAAGUCGGCGGAGGGAAGUGGUUCACGUUUAACGACGAGAAUUGCUCGGGCGAGGACGGGCCGCCGCGGGUGUCUAAGCACGCGUACGUGCUCUUCUACGCGCUUCAGUGA